ACUGGGCGGCGGGUGAUGCGCCCGCCGCCCCAGGCCCCGCAGCCUCCGGGCUCUGCGCCCGCCGGCUGCUGCCCGGUCCGGCCCCGGCCGCCGCCCGGGGGUCUGCGACGGUGCGGGACCCUCACCCUUCCAACCUCGUCCGCCCGCCGGAGCCGAGCCCUGCAGGUCAGCACUGGAACCCAGCCACUGAGCCAUGCCAGGCCCCUGGCGGCCUGCAACGAGCCGAAGCCCAGCACCCACAUAGUCAUGAACAGCCACAGCCGCAGUGGCUGCAGGGGGCAGCCACUGGGCAGCGGGCUGGGUGCUCUGGGCCGAGACCCUCCAGACCCCGAGGCUGGCCGCCCCCCACAGCUCCUGCAUGGCCCGGGCCUCCAGGUGGUGGUGGCUAAGAGCGAGCAGGCCAGGCGCUCGCCUGGUAGUCCCCAGGGGCAGCCUCAGGACCAGGAAGAGGAGGAAGAUGACGAAGAGGACGAGGCAGGGAGGCAGAGGGGCUCAGGGAAGCCUCCAAAUGUGGGCCACCGCCUGGGCCACCGGCGGGCACUCUUUGAGAAGCGGAAACGCCUCAGCGACUAUGCACUCAUCUUCGGCAUGUUUGGUAUUGUUGUCAUGGUGACCGAGACGGAGCUGUCCUGGGGGGUCUACACCAAGGGGUCCCUGUACUCGUUUGCCCUUAAAUGCCUCAUCAGCCUCUCCACGGUCAUCCUGCUGGGCCUGGUGGUCCUCUACCACGCCAGGGAGAUCCAGCUGUUCAUGGUGGACAAUGGGGCGGAUGACUGGCGCAUCGCUAUGACCCGCGAGCGUGUCUUCCUCAUCUCCCUGGAGCUGGCCGUGUGUGCCAUCCACCCGGUGCCGGGCCACUACCGCUUCACGUGGACAGCGCGGCUGGCCUUCACAUACGCGCCAUCAGCGGCCGAAGCAGACGUGGACGUGCUGCUGUCCGUCCCCAUGUUCCUGCGCCUCUACCUGCUGGGCCGCGUCAUGCUGCUGCACAGCAAGAUCUUCACGGACGCCUCCAGCCGCAGCAUCGGCGCGCUCAACAAGAUCACCUUCAACACGCGCUUCGUCAUGAAGACACUGAUGACCAUCUGCCCUGGCACUGUGCUGCUUGUGUUCAGCCUCUCCUCCUGGAUCAUCGCCGCCUGGACCGUGCGUGUCUGUGAGAGGUACCAUGACAAGCAGGAAGUGACCAGUAACUUUUUGGGAGCCAUGUGGCUUAUCUCCAUCACCUUCCUCUCCAUCGGCUACGGUGACAUGGUGCCCCACACUUACUGCGGGAAGGGCGUGUGCCUGCUCACCGGCAUCAUGGGGGCUGGCUGCACCGCGCUUGUGGUGGCUGUGGUGGCCCGGAAACUGGAGCUCACCAAAGCAGAAAAACACGUGCACAACUUCAUGAUGGACACCCAGCUCACCAAGCGGGUGAAAAAUGCCGCUGCUAACGUUCUCAGGGAGACGUGGCUCAUCUACAAACAUACCAGGCUGGUGAAGAAGCCAGACCAUGCCCGGGUUCGGAAACACCAGCGUAAGUUCCUCCAAGCCAUCCAUCAGCUCCGGAGUGUGAAGAUUGAGCAGGGGAAGCUGAAUGACCAAGCCAGCACUCUCGCCGAGCUGGCCAAGACCCAGAAUGUCAUGUACGACCUCAUGUCCGAGCUGCACACCCAGCACGAGGAGUUGGAGGCCCGCCUGGCUGCCCUUGAAAGCCGUCUGGAUGUGCUGGGCACUUCCCUGCAGGCCCUGCCCAGCCUCAUUGCCCAAGCCAUACACCCACCCCCUGCCCCCCUGCCUUCCCGGCCUGGCCCUGGACCCCCAGACAAGGUAGUUCAGAGCCCUCGGCACUGGUGGCCACCUACGGCCCCUUCAGACUGUGGGUGACAGCCCUGCCUGCCACCAGACCCCUCAAUCUUGGCCAUCGUGUGGCCGCCACUCCACGCCACCCAGGACGCCCUGUACAGCAGCGCCUCUUGGAGUCCAGGAGCCAAAGCUGAGUUGGGCUGAGUGGACCAGGGCCCAGACUGUCCAGGCAAAGGGCGGAAGGCAGGGCCACACCACACGUUGUGGAACAGGCCACAGCCUGCUUCCUGCCUGGUUGGAACUGGGGGAGCCCGGAGCUUCCUCUGGUUCCCUGGUCCUCCGACUCUUCCCAGGCCCCCAAUGGGUGUGGAGCAGCCGGGAGAGGGGUCCUUGCCAGUUCUGAAUAAAGCAGGACCCACUCAGUUGCUGCCUGUCAUGCGUGGCUGGGAGCCCUCAUCAUCACAACAUGGGAGGUGGACACUGGGUCCGGGUGUCAGCAUGGACGUGGGGAUCAAGGUAAGCCCAUCCCAUCACUAUCCGAGCUUGGUAUCCCCCAGGCCCACGCUCGGUUGAGGACACCUCCUUGAGGACAUCUGCACCAUCACCUGGUGAUGAUACAGGCACCCUGCAGAGGGCAGGGCCCAACUGGGGCCUGCCAGAGGCAGCAGAUAAAGGGAACAUUCCUGCUACCAGCCUGCUUUGCUGGAGCACCCACGUGGGCCAGGCUCCAGUGGGGCCAUGGGUCACAGUCCCAUGGGGGAGGUGACAAGAGUGAGGAGGAGGGU